CGUCAGGGCGGAAGAUGGCGGCGGCGGCAGCAGCUGGGACAGGUCCAGGGGUCCCAGAUGGGGAGCCGGAGGGGUCAAACCGCGAUCGCAGUGCUUUUGAAUGCAACAUCUGCCUGGAGCCUGCCAGAGAAGCUGUCAUCGGCCUGUGCGGCCACCUCUACUGGUGAGCGAGGGAAAAGCUGGCCUUGCCUACACCAGUGGCUAGAAACUCAGCCGGAGCGUCAGGAAUGUCCUGUGUGCAAGGCAGGCAUCAGUCGGGACAAAGUCAUCCCUCUCUACGGGCGUGGGAGCUCUGCUCAGCAGGAUCCCAGAUUGAAAACUCCUCCCAGACCUCGAGGGCAGCGCCCGGAGCCUGAGUCGCGAGGGCAGGGCAUCGGCAGUUUCCCUGAAGCAGCCACAGGCUUCCACAUGGCAUUUGGCAUUGGCGCCUUCCCUUUUGGCUUUUUUGCUACGGGCUACAGUGCUCCAGGAGAAAGAGCAGAUACAGAUGCGCCCAGACCAUCCAGCUGGCAGGAUUCGUUAUUUCUUUUCAUUGCCAUCUUCUUUUUCUUCUGGUUACUCAGUGUAUAACUGGCUGGACCCCGCUGAGCUUAACCUGUACUAAAAAAAAAAAAAUCUAAAGAACAGAACAAAAGGACUUUGAUAUUGGGGGGGGGGGUAAUGUGGGGGGAAGAGGUAGAGAGAGAGGGAGGGAGAGAGAGAGAGAGAGAGAGACUGGUUUUGGGUGGGUGGCUUUGCUUGCUGAAUGCAUAGGAGAGGCAGAAAGGGGUUAAAUGCUAUAUAUGAUGGAGUGAAGUUCUCCCUUUUUCAUCCCCCUCACCCCCACCAUCCUGGGAAUUAAAACCCCUCAGAGGAAUGCUUUCUUCUUCCCAAGUGGGUUUGCAAACAGUUGUCUACACACAACCCCCAACCUCAUUACGGAUUGCCUGGGAAGGCCCUUAGUCUAGAAGGAUCCCUUUCUAUUCUUCAAAGAA